AUGGACUCCAAAACUGUGGAACAGGUGAAUCACUUCAAAUAUCUUGGUGCGGAAAUAACAAGCUAUAAAAAUCUCUCAAAAGUGGUCAAAGAACAAACAAUGAAAGCAGCAGGUAUCUCGGGAUGCCUGAAAGAAAUCGUAUACAAGAAAAAAUAUCUAAAUACUGGCAGCAAAAUCAAAAUAUAUGAAACAACAAUAAUACCUAUUCUAACAUAUGCGGCAGAAAAAAGACCAGACACAAAUAGAACGUUACAAAUGAUGAGAACACUUGAAAUGGGAACACUAAGAAGUAUACAAGGUCAAACUCUAUGUGACAGAAUAAGAAGUGAAAACAUCAGACAAAACUGCGAAAUACAGGACAUAGGAAAGUGGGUCAGACAGAGACGAAAAUAUUGGAACAAACGUAUAAAAAGAAUGGAGGACAACAGACUCGUUAAAAGUGCAAAAACGAAUAACCCACUAGGUAAAAGACCACAGGCUAGACCAUCAAAACGAUGGCGAGAAUGCUGGACCUCAUCGUCCAAGGAAGACUUAAUGGCAAUGAAGAGGCAGUAG